GGCUACAUUACCCGGCCCCCGAUGCCGCCGCCGCCUCCUCGCCCAAUUCGUAGGGAUCGAAACGAGUAAACAAUUAAUAUAUCACCACAAAUUCUUCUUGGUUCUUUUUUUAGAUCCAUCGUCGAUCGAGCAAGCAGCCUUCCUUCGGCUUCAAAGUUGAAAUUUCAGCGGCGGGCGAAGGGAAAGAAGGAAUUAAGGGCUCCGUCGGAUGAGCAGAAGUUCUGUGACAGCAGCGAGAAUGGCGGAGGAGAUCAGCAGGACUGCUGCUACGGAGUCUUCUUCGUCAACGGCGGCGUCAAAGAGGUGGACGUGGGCGUCGAAGCUCCGGUGGAUCCCGACCUCCACCGAUCUCAUCGUCGCGGCCGAGAAGCGCCUCCUGUCCUUCGUCAAGACAAGUUAUGUUCAAGAGCAGGUCAAUAUUGGCCCUGGACCACCAGACUCGAAAGUUAGGUGGUUCAGAUCUUCCAGUGAUCAGCCACGGUUUAUUAAUACAAUAACAUUUGAUAGCAAGGAGGAUUCUCCCACUCUUGUUAUGGUGCAUGGCUAUGCUGCUUCUCAGGGAUUCUUUUUAAGAAACUUUGAUGCACUUGCUACUCGUUUUCGAGUGAUUGCCAUCGAUCAACUUGGUUGGGGUGCUUCAAGUCGACCAGACUUUAAUUGUAAAAGCACAGAAGAGACUGAGGCGUGGUUCAUUGAUUCUUUUGAGGAAUGGCGUAAAGCCAAAAAUCUUGACAAGUUUAUUUUGCUUGGACAUUCUUUUGGAGGCUAUGUUGCAGCAAAGUAUGCGCUGAAGCAUCCUGAACAUGUUCAGCAUCUGAUUUUGGUUGGCCCUGCUGGUUUUUCAUCAGAGUCCGAACAUAUGUCAAAGGAGUUGGCCAAAUUUAGAGCUACUUGGAAAGGGGCGUUUAUAAAUCAUCUUUGGGAGUCCAAUGUGACUCCUCAAAAGUUCAUCAGAGGAUUAGGUCCUUGGGGCCCCAAUCUUGUUCAAAGAUAUACAAGUGCUAGAUUUGGCUCAUAUUCAACUGGUGAGGUAUUAACUGAGGAGGAAUCCAAAUUGUUGACAGAUUAUACAUACCACACUUUAGCUGCCAAGGCAAGUGGAGAAUUGUGCUUAAAGCACAUUUUUUCAUUCGGAGCAUUUGCUAGGAAGCCUCUUUUAGAUUGUGCCUCGGAUUGGAAAGUUCCCACCACCUUCAUUUAUGGUUUUCAAGAUUGGAUGAACUAUCAAGGUGCACAACAAGCUCGAGAAGGCAUGAAAAUGCCUUGUGAAAUCAUAAGGGUUCCUGAGGCAGGGCAUUUUGCAUUCAUCGAUAAUCCUUCUGGAUUUCAUUCAGCGGUCUUCUAUGCUUGUCGGAAAAUUCUUUCCCCGAGUCAUGGCAAUGCUAUACCUUUUCCUCAUGGUUUGUCAUCAGCAUAGUUUGAUGCACUUCUUGCAGGGUGCAAAAAUUGCACAAGAGGAUUGGCUAUAAAGGAGAGAAUGGUGAAACGUAUUCUUGAUGGCAUCUGUAUUCUGUACUGUGUUAAAGUUGUGAUAUACCCCUUCUGCUACUGUAUCUAUUGGUGGUCUUUUAUAAUAAACGAACGGUGAAUGUAGCAAACCAAUUGGAUCAUUUAUUUCUAGUCGAAUAAGUUACUUUGUUGCUAA